AUGUCAUUUCCGUGGGAGAAUAGCCCCCCAUGGCAGUGUCUGGUGGCGAAAACGAGGGACUCCAAACCCUUUUACCCGACCUUCGCUACCGUGUGCGGCGUGGUGUCGGGGGUCAUCGGCUAUUUCGUCUUGCAGCUGCCAAUGGUAGCCCCCAAAUGGGUUGCCUAUCCAUAUGCCAACGAAUUCUCGUGGAUGCUUAUGAUGGCGUCUUUCUACUUAGAAGAACGAAGCAGAAGACUGAUAAUGGUAGCAUUUUGCAACGAUGAGUUGUCGUUUUCAUCAAAUUACUGUUUCACAAGCUCUCAAGAUCUGAGACUCUCCAAGCAUGUAAAUGACGAUGUCUAUAACAGCAUCUAUCACGAUUGGUAACGCUGUCAUUUAUGUCUCUGUGCAUGUGUUUUGCAGCUUUUGCUCUGUGUUAUGUGUUUUAUUUUUCUUAUUCAUGUUAUCUCUCAUUCUCUGUUUGCUAUGGAUUGUUGUUGUUGUCUAUGUUUUGGUGUUUUCAUUGGUUGUUUCGAUUUUGAGUGUAAUAUUUUGUUCAUAUUUUUGUGUUGUUUCUAAUAAUUUAAUUAUCUGUGUUGUUUCAUUUUAUUUCUGUGUUGUUUCUAAUAAUUUUUUCAUUUAAGUAAUUUGGUUCCUAAUUGCUGGAAUUUUGAAUUUUCCUGUAUGUGUAUCUUUGGGAGCUUUGUGUGUUUGGUUUAUCACUGUUGAAGUUAUCUAUAAUGAUUGAUACUUAAAUUUUAUUUUCAUAUGUAGGUCAUUAUCAUCCAUCACUACUUGAAAAAAUGCAUCCAAUGAAAUUCGUUGACACCGAGCAAUUUCAGAGAUAAAUACCAUGUUGCCAUCGGUAUCUUCGAGUACUCCAAUUUUCACUCUUUGGUCUUAGAUUGGUGAUUCGUGCAUCACCUAUCGAUGUUUAUGUGAUGAUUCAAUUUCUAGUAUUGUAUCCAUUAUGAUGACAGGCUGCGUGAUCUUAAGCAACCAGCUUCAGAAUUUCAGUUUGAUUUGAAUUUAUUUUAGCAGAAUGGCAACCUAGUGAUGCAUGUAAUUUGUUUUUCAAGGAUUGCUCACAAGUACUUUCGUUAUUACUAGUGCGUUCAAUUAUCUGAGGUGAAAGUAAAUGAAGUUCGGGAAGAAUGAGCUCAAUAUGUUCUUCAGAGUUGUGUAAGGUAAAAACUCUACUAGUGUCGAUUCGUUUGUUGUUGUUGUUGUGUUAAAUUUCAAAUCUAUUACGAAAUAGAAUUAAUAGAUAAUGAUU